AACAAGGUGAAGGACUGUGCUGUGACUGAGCAAGAGUGAUAGAGAAAGCGGGAAAGAGAGAAAAAAGGGAGGAAGAAAGGGAGGGACGUACCUUGAGGAAAGACGUGACGUGCUUCAUGAUUCCAUUUUACAAUGACUCAAACAACACAAGGUGUACAGGUAAUCUGAGGAGAGGAGCGUACUUUCGGUGGAUUAUUAAACUCAGCUGGGACUAAAGGUGAAACCAAUCAAACUCAGCUAACCACGUCUCGAUUCCCUUCAUGCUGAUGUGCAGUUUGACCAAGAACAUGUUAAAGUUAAAUGGGAUCCUAAAGUCACAAUGAGGAAGAAGACACUGGACUCGUUUAAAAAGGUUGUGAUGUUGCUCCUGGACUGAGAUGUUUGGUGAAAAAUACUGUAGGACUCCAUUGGAGUGUCCUCAGUCAAAAUGCUUCAUACUGGAUGGACCAUUUGGUGCGUUUUACUGACUCUACACAUAUCAGCCUUCCAUCUGGAGAUUUCUGGAUAUGACAGCGACGGAGUCAUUUGCUCCGAGGGUCUCUCUAAUUGCACCAUGAAGGAUGAGAUGCCUUUUAAUGUACCAGAGGAAAAUGCUGUGGUUAUCCAAAAACUGACUCCAUAUUUUAGGCUCUGCUGCAGGGACAGGGCGCCGUGUGUAUUAUGUCUGAUGAUAGAAACAGAGAUCAACAUUCAUCCGGGUAAAGCCCAGGAGCAUGAAGGCCACUCUGGAAAUGGAGAAGAGGAUGAUGGGGAGGAAUCAGAGAGGAAUUUUAAAGCGUCUGUGACGGUGUGCUACUGUCCAGCUCCUGCCAUGUCCAUGUGCAAGAGGGUGGAGUUUACGGUUAACCGUGCAGCUCUUUCUCAUGAAAAGCAGUCAAAGAUUUCUGUGGUGAUUAUUGAGCCACCUGGGGUUUCCUUCAGCAGUCGUGUGAUUGUUUAUCUUAAAGCUUCCCCUCUGAGUCAAGAAGCUUCUGUUCCUUCUCUAGAUGAUGUUUGCACCCAGGAGGAGCAGGAACGUCCAGACGAAUGCCAUGUGCCCAAGCUUAUCAGUGUUAUCAACAAAGAGAUGAAUCGGGUGGAGCUGCAGUUUGAUGGCAGGAAUAAGAGCUUCCCCUCUGUGUGCAUCCAGUAUGAGAAGAAUGGAAAGUGUCAGGGAUGGAACAGGAUGACCAUCCCACUGUAUUCUGUGACCCCCUGCAUUUGUCUCCAGGUCUGGUAUGAGGAUGAGCAGAGGUCCAGGCGCUCUCGCAGUUGCCCUUUCACUGACACAGAUUUAUUCCAAAGGAACGUAUGGCAGAAUGUGUCAGUGUCUGUGGGCCCGGGUCAGAUGAACAACCUCCACCCAAUGCUGUGGUGGAACCUGUCCGCACCCUGCAGGCUGGAGGGAGAUGUGUGGCCCUGCAAGAAGGAGAGCAGCUGCAGGGAAAUUAAGGGCUUUAGACAGCAGCUGUCAAAUGGCUCGUGGAAACAAAACAGCAAGGGACAGUGGGAGAAAACAGGGGUGUUUGAAGAAAUCAACCUGAAGCUCUCACCAUGUGUGAUGGUGAAGGUAAAGGGAAUGGAUCGUGAGCUGGGUCCAUUCUGUUUUGAAAACACUGACAGGUGGCACUGGAGUCUCCUGAUUGUUGGUAUCAUGCUGCUCCUUUGCUUGACUGUGUUCAUAUCAUCAUAUCUUCUCCGGCAUGACUUUGUGAAGAAAUGGGUGUGGAGCUGGCAUCAUGGUGGAUUUGUACAGAUUGGCAUGAAGUGUCAUGUGGUGUUGCUGAGCCCCCCAGAUGUGGAUGACGGUGUUUCGGAGUCAGUGUGUCGGCUCGGCUCACAGCUCUCUAACCAGGGCUUCAGCGUGUCUGUGGACCAGUGGAGCAGGAAGGAGCAGUGCACUCUGGGGCCUCUGCCAUGGCUAUACUCCCAGCUGCUGGAGCUGAAAAGCCUGGGCGGCCGAGUUGUGAUUGUGUUGACCCACAAAGCCUUAGAGCGAGUAAAAACAUGGACCCACCAGAACCAAGGGGUUAUCAAGAUGAAGAGGGAAGACAUGGGUUUUCCUCAGAAGUCUUCCCCUUACUCUGAUGUGUUCACAGCCUCUCUGUGUCUCAUCCAAGCGGACAAGCAGCUGGGCAGAGCUGCAGAACGUUUUGUUCUUGUGACAUUUGACCCCAAUUCAAGCAUUGACAGGAGUCUACCAAAGCUUCUUCAGGGGCUGCGCCUGUUCCAGCUUCCCUCUCAGACCCAGGCAUUCUUGUCUGAGCUUGCCGUAGCGGGGGCAGGGAAGGGAUCAGAUAAAGACAUGGACAGGGUGGAAAUGGAGGGCAUCAGAUGGAUGGAGGUCAAAGUCUAAAGAAGGACCAAUCUAGCAGAAGAAAUCACACUGUAAAUAUGUUGAGUUGAUAAAGAAACAUGGAGACAAAGACCUUUUAGCACCCUUUAGCUAUUUUUGUACAUUAUUGCUGCUCUGUGCAUAUGAAGCAUGUGUUCAUCCAAAGUGUGAGAUGAACAUAUAGGACAUUAUUUAAUAGCUGGCAAUGAUCUAUUUGGUGUUAUGCCAUGAAAUUGAUAACAAAUGUAUUGUUAUUGUUAUUGAUAACAAACCAUCUCCCAAAUGUUCAACUCUACAUUUGUAUGUUUUAGUCCCACCCUGUUUAUCUUUUACAAAAUAUAUGAUAUCCCAAGUAACUGCAGGAACAUUACGUUUUUAGCAAAUAUAACUAAGGAAGGAUUAACUUGUGUUUUUGUUGGGGACUAUUUUCAACAGGACAUUAUGCUAGUGAACACCAGCAGGAUAUAGGACUGAAUGUUCAUUGUUAUUAAGUGAAAUGUUACAAUGUGGGAGACCUGUGAUUUCAAUGUUUUGUGCCAAAGACUGUGGUCUACUACGGUAGAGGAAUACGUUAUCAGGUUUCGGCUACACCUACACACACUGCUUGUUUAAGGAUUGAAUCAAUUGUUUUUUAUAAGAAGAAACAUGUAGAACAUCCUCAGAUCUAUCCUUUAAGCUUCAUAAUGUUUAACCUCAAAUGUAACAGACUUAUCUUAUCCAUGUACUGUCCGUCUGUCAACAACACUGGUUUAUAAAUACAUGUGCUUAUUUUUGUGCAUGGUGGAUGACAGAUUUUGAUUGGCCAUCUCCAGUCAAGGGCUGUGGAUCUGAUUGGUGCAAUCUAGUGUCAGUUUAAAGACGCGGAGGAGCGCUUGUUAAAAGUGUUCACUACAUCUCAGAGGGGCGGUGCUAUGAGGCAACUCGAUGUUCCGCCCACUCGGGAUGUUUGGUUUAUUUUUGGCAUCAAACCACAAAGGAGUGUUGAAGUGUGAUAACUUGUGUGUCAGUUGUAUUCACCCUUUUUAAACUUUAUUAAGACCGACAGAGUCAGUCGACGCACACAGAGGAGGUAAAUAAACCCUUAACGCAUGUCUUCAGUUUGUUUUGAGUACAUCUUAAUGGUUGCUGUGCUUUUACAUAAUAUAAAUGUAGCACUAUUUAAGUAUUAUUAUUAUUAUUAAUUAUUAUUUCGAAAUUGCAAAGUAAAUCAGAGUGAAAUGUGAAGCAUUUAAGCAGUGAAGCUAACCUUUAUUUAUGGGCCAAGUCAGGUUGGAAACGUUUUGAAAUGUUGUAUGUUUUUUUCCCAAAACUUUGUCAAUAUAUAUGUUGUAGUUGUACCAUAUCUAAAUUACACAUAUCUAGUAAAAAUAACCAUACGUUUGUAUAUAUCGUAUUUUCAGACUGUAUUGGAAUGUUCUUCCUCUACCAAAAAUGGUCUCUACCGAAAAAUAGUACACUGUAGUAAAAAAGCAUUAUAUUAACCUUUCUUUGUAAAAUGCAUAAUACUGAUCAUAUUGAUUCCAGAGUUGAUGAUUUGAUUGUUAAAAAUUGAGCACACAUUAAACCAAUCAGUAUCAUAUAAUUUUAGUUGAUAAGUCAAUAUACUCAAUUUUUUUACAAAACAUCCACUGUUUCGGUAGUGACCACAGUAUUUUGUUCUCAAGGUUGUAUCAUAUUCCCUCAACCUUAUUGCUUAAUCUUAACUCAUAACAUGCUUUAUGUUGAAGUGUGAAUGUUUGAUCCUACUGACCUAGAAUCAGCACUUUAUUAACAGGCUGAAAUAGAGGGGGAUGAGGCUAGAAUGGGUGAUCUGUUUGGUAUUUUGAGCAAAACACUUCAUAGACAUGUUUUUUAUAUAUCUGAGACCUAUAUGCCUACAAAUAGUACAAUAGGAUACCUUUGAAGUAACACACUGAUUUUCAGACUUUAAAACACAUUUAUUUCAAAACUAUGGGAUUUACCUGCUUACUUUUCCAUUUUGUCACUACCGAAACGAUCAUGUCAAUUACCGAAACGUAACCAUAUGUUUCGGUAGUGACGAUUCUAGCUAAAAUUGAGCAUAGCAAAAGAAUGCUAGCUAGUACUUGGCUAGCAUACACGUUUUUGAAGAGGUUAACACGCAUAAAAACAUAAUACUUUGCAUAAAACUCCGAAAAAGUUUACUUAAUUGAAGAUAAUACGUGUUCGGUAAUGACAAUUCUUAAGGUUACACGCCGAUUUUCAGAUUUUGGAACAGAUUUAUAUCAAAAGUAUGGAAUAUAGCUACUUGCAAUUCAGCCAUGAGGGACAGGGAUGCAGUGUCGCUGCCGAGUCAAAAAUGCAGGGGUGUUGCUAAAAACCAGGAUCAGCCAUUGGACUAAAACCCCUUGUGUUUCGGUAGUGACAUGAAAACUGGGGACAUGAUUUUUUGACUAUAGUUUUUUUAUUA